AUGAAGUUGGCAAUAAUGACGACAUAUCAUAUGUCACUCGUCACUGUCAAAAAAGUCAAAUCAAAUUAUCGUAAAGCGUUCCAAAUUAAAGGAAGAGCUAUGACCUUCCGUGUUUCGCGAAGGUUAUUCUCCCAUUCGACAACCUUGCAAAAUCGACUGAUAAAAUUCCGAUACGGAGCCUCCAAACAUCAACAAUCUUCGCCCUCGACUCCCAGUCAAACGGCACAACAGCAACAAGCACAAGGAGCAGCAAUUUGGGACUUCGAACUGCCAGCGAGAUUCAAGAGAAGAUAUUUAGACGAACAAGAAAUUGCUGUAAUCAAUAAUGGAGGUCCCUUGUAA